AUGGAGACCUCCACAAUUACCCCAUCCGUCCCCCCCCAUCCAUCCCUCGUACCCGAACUCUCUCUUCGUGUAACACAAACAAUCCCCAAGAAAGUAUCUAGAUACUCCGAAGCUCGAGCGAGCAUCAUGCAUGCUCCUUCACGAAUAAGCUCGACCCAACCUGCUGGUCAAGUUACUCCGGAUGGAAUGGAUGAACCAUUUCCCACCCCUAUCAUGCUAUGGCCCGAAAAAGCAUAUAUCAUGGAGUUGCAUGAUCGGCUCUACAUGUAUGUGCCUAUCUCCACAUUCCAAUCCGGGCUUGCGAGGCUCUGUGCGUUGUUGGCUGGAUACGUAAGUAUGGGAAAGUUAUGUGGAAGUCAGUCAGCUGCGCCAGGUUGCAGUGGCUUGAGUGAUGGCGUUGGUGCAGUGACUUGGGGGAAUUCUUUACAUACCCCCUAUGUUGUAUACUAG